GUUAAAAAUCGGACACUAUUCUAAUUAUUAUUAUUUCUUAAUAUUAGUUAUUUUUAUAUUUUAUUUAAGACUUGAAGAACUGGUGUUAUUGAGCAUAAAUGAUUAUUAUUGCAUAAAACGACUCAGUGGUACUUUUGCGUUGAGACGGGAGCCAUCUUGCAAUCUCUAAUCAAAGGUCCUUGGCUCACAGUUUCGUUGUCUAGUUGAAAGUCAGUUUAUUCCAUCAUAAAAUAAUCAAAUGGCGUUAAAACGAAUUAAUAGGGAAUUACAAGACCUUGGCAGAGAUCCGCCGGCACAAUGUUCUGCAGGACCACACGGCGAAGACCUAUUCCAUUGGCAAGCCACAAUUAUGGGUCCAGUCGACAGUCCCUAUCAAGGAGGAGUAUUCUUCCUGACUAUACAUUUCCCAACAGAUUAUCCAUUCAAACCACCCAAAGUUGCAUUUACAACACGUAUCUAUCAUCCCAACAUAAACAGUAAUGGCUCCAUCUGCCUUGACAUUCUGCGCUCACAGUGGUCCCCAGCGCUCACCAUAUCUAAAGUGUUGCUCUCAAUCUGCUCACUGUUAUGUGAUCCAAACCCAGACGACCCAUUGGUGCCAGAAAUUGCUAGGAUCUACAAAACGGACAGAGAAAAGUACAAUGAACUAGCCCGUGAGUGGACGAGGAAGUAUGCCAUGUGAUGAGUCAGGCGUGACGUCAGCAACACAUACACACACACAUCGCCACAGCCCGGGCUCCCAUCCCUCCUGUCCCAACCCAGUCCCCUACUUCAAACCAUGUUCCUCCGAAAUUUUAACUUGUAUAAAUUGUCUACAUUCACUAGGGUCUGCCUAAUUUCUGUCUUGUCCAAUAAUAUUUUUUAUGCAAAUAUUGCAUCCUAAGUAAACUCGUUACACAUGUGCAAAUAUAGUUUCUGUUUAUCUAAUAAGAUACAUUUUCUACAUAAGAGCAAAAUUCUUUUCCGUUAAACAUUGAUGUGUCAGUAGAUGUCUUAAUGCAUUAUUCUCAUUUAGUUGAAGUUAAACAUUAGUUAAAUUUACAUGAUUUGAAUAAUUGUAUUCCUAAAGAAUUUGUACUUUAACUAGAUCUAAAUUGCAUUGUGAAACUGUACAAUAGCCAUAUGAUUAAGAAACGGAGCGUUAAUUGCUUACUACUGUCCGAUUGAUUCACUUAGGAAUUUGUCAAUGAAAUGUAUGAAAGGCACGUAAGUGUUCAGAACAUAUGAGUAAUAUAAGUAAGUGGUAUUACGAAAUGAGCUCGUUGACGGAGUCGAGUGAGUGUUAAUUUUUUUACUAGAGAAACGACCUUUUUUUUUAAGUUAGUAAAUGUAGCGUGCUACAGACCAGACUGACAUCUGUUGAAGUGGUCAGUUUUCUUUCAUCCACAAUAUUUUUAAAGGAAGGAAAACGCUCCAAUAGCUACAACAUUCAGUAUAAAUUACAGUGUAUCUCAUAAGAUCAUAAGUUACGAUUAAUCUAGAUUUUUUCAAUAUGGCGUUCUUUAUAAUUUUAUCUAAUAUAUAUUGUGGUUGUAAGGA